ACCCUUCAGUAACAAUUGGCCACUCAUCAUGAAAUUACUUGGAAAAACAAUAAUUUUCUUAUCAUUUUGGCAACUAACUCUUGCUAGCAUGGCAGAAUUGCGAAGAAAAUCGCACACUGAAGAAUUUGAGGGCAUGUCGGCCUUGUUCAGAGCCAUGUCUUCUUCGCCAAACGAUGGAUACACCUACAACUGGAGCGUGGUUUCGUUUUUAACCGAUGGCCAACCAGAUUCCGGACUAAACUGCACUGUUUUGUAUCUGGAUCAGUGCACAUCCUGGAACAGAUGUCGUCAGACCUGCCUGAAAACCGGAGCCACCAGCUAUAGGUGGUUCCAUGAUGGCUGUUGCGAAUGCGUGGGCGAGCACUGCAUGAACUAUGGCAUCAACGAGAGCAGAUGUCGACUAUGUCCUGAACCGGGAUUCGAGGAUGAGGAGGAUUGAAAGUUUGUUAUACUAAAAGUGAUCUAGCAAAAAACCUUUGCAACACAUUCAACAUCUACAAAACAAUUGUAAA